CGGAGAGGAGAGCGGAAGUGGCGUUGAUCUGGCCGGAGCCCUUGGGUGAAUUUGUUAGGCGUGGAGAGGGAGUGAUGUCUUCCAGACUCGGUGCAGUGCCCGCCACCCCGGGACCCACAUCCUUUAAGCAGCAGAGGAGCACGAGGAUCGUGGGAGCUAAGAAUAGCAGGACCCAGUGCUCCAUAAAGGAUAAUAGUUUCCAGUACACUAUCCCUCAUGAUGACUCCUUAAGCGGCUCGUCAUCUGCUUCUUCGUGUGAACCGGUGAGUGAUUUUCCAGCCUCCUUCCGAAAGUCUACCUACUGGAUGAAGGUGAGAAGGAUCAAGCCAGCUGCUACUUCCCGUGUUGAAGGGUCAGGUGGAGUAUCAGCCAAAGGAAAAAGGAAACCCAGACAGGAAGAAGAUGAAGACUAUCGAGAAUUUCCUCAGAAGAAGCAUAAGCUUUAUGGGAGGAAGCAACGGCCUAAAACUCAGCCUAAUCCCAAAGCCCAGGCUCGUCGUAUUCGGAAGGAACCACCAGCUUAUGCAGCAGGCAGUUUAGAGGAGCAGUGGUACUUAGAAAUUGUGGAUAAAGGCAGUGUCUCCUGUCCUACCUGCCAGGCAGUGGGGAGAAAGACCAUAGAGGGCUUAAAGAAACACAUGGAAAACUGCAAACAGGAAAUGUUCACUUGUCAUCAUUGUGGGAAACAACUUCGUUCACUGGCAGGGAUGAAGUAUCAUGUCAUGGCAAAUCAUAAUAGCUUGCCCAUCUUGAAGGCUGGAGAUGAAAUAGAUGAGCCAAGUGAAAGGGAACGCCUCCGAACAGUUCUCAAGAGACUGGGAAAGCUGAGGUGCAUGCGUGAGAGUUGCUCUAGUAGCUUCACCAGCAUCAUGGGAUAUCUGUAUCAUGUCAGAAAAUGUGGCAAAGGGGCUGCAGAGCUGGAGAAGAUGACCCUGAAAUGUCACCACUGUGGAAAGCCAUAUAGAUCGAAGGCUGGACUUGCGUAUCACCUGAGGUCAGAGCACGGGCCUAUAUCCUUCUUUCCAGAGUCAGGACAGCCAGAGUGCUUGAAGGACAUGAACUUGGAGCCAAAGAGUGGGGGCCGAGUUCAGAGGCGUUCUGCCAAGAUAGCUGUAUACCACCUGCAGGAGCUGGCCUCUGCUGAACUGGCCAAGGAGUGGCCUAAGAGAAAGGUGCUUCAGGAUCUGGUACCUGAUGAUCGGAAGCCCCCUUCUAGGAGUCCACCAAGAGUCAACUCAUUAGAACAAAAGAUGCUUCUGUCACCCAGGAAAUUCCAAGAGAUUUAGGAGCUCUGUGUCAGAUAUUCCUAUAACUGAGGGAAUUACAAAUUUUAGGAGCUCUGUGUCAAGUACCAGGGUCAAAGACUAAGUAUUAGCAGGAUCUAGGGUGCAGAGACCAAUAUAUAUUUCUUACUCUUUUACAAAUACAUAUUCCUUUUUUAAAAAACCUUUGUAUUUUGAAAUAAUUUUAGACUUACAAAAUCAUUGCAAAAUUAGUACAGAGUUUCCAUGUGCUCUUUACCCAGCUUCCUCUAAUGCCAGCAUCUUACAUGUAAGUAUGACAGGAUCCCAUCAGCAUCCCAUCAGGAUUCCACAUUUAAUUUUGUUUACUGUGUCUCCUUAGUCUCCUCCAAUCUGUUACAGUUCUUUGGGCAUUCCUUGUCUUUUGUGUCCUUGACACUUUUGAAGAGACUAUCUGUAUUUUGUAGAAUAUCCCUAAUGUGGGUGUGUCUGGUAUUUUCUCAAGAUUAGAUUGAAGGUUUUAUGUUUUUGGCAAAAAUGCCUUCAAAACAAUGUUGGCCCUUCACAAUGUACCAUAUUAGGAGGUAUAUGUAUCUUUUUACUGAUGAUAAUAACCUUGGUCACUUGAUUAGGUGUCCAGUUUUCUCCAUGGCAGAAUUACAAUUUUCCCCUUUGUAAUUAAUAAAUACUUUGUGGGGAGAUUGAGACAUUCAACUAAUCUGUCUUAUUAUACUUCUGCCCACUUACUUUAUCAUCCAUCAGUGAUUCUUGCCUGCAACAAUUAUUUCUAUUGUGUUUUAGUCUAAUGAUGAUUUUCUGU